AAAAUUUGUGGGGAAUGGAGGAAGCAGUGACGGGGCUGCCGUGGCCUCAUUUCUGCGUGGGUGUACUUCAGCUUAGUCUCUUCACACCAUACCCUCAGCCUCGGGGUCCAUGACGCUCCUGGGCUUCCCUUCCCCUUCUUGGGGGUCACACUCGGUGUCUGGGAAGUUGCUCGGGGGACCGGUUCUGGGCAGCAAUUUCCUGCUGUUCCGACUGGGUCCCUGUGGCUGCCACCACCCUGCCACCCAGGGACAUCCGCCCCCACGAGGCUCAGCUCCUCUGCCUUCCCAGCCCUUUCUGUCCCGCGGCUCCUCCGCCUCCUCAUUCCCAUGGAGAUGCUGUCAGAAAUGCUGGCGUUUCCCCGGGUCCAAACCCAUGCUCCAUCAGCGCACUGGAAGGAAGCAGAUGGCUGAGGGACACGAUCCGUGGAACGGGGUUAGGAAAUUUGUGAAGGAUUUCCAGCUCAUUCCAUCUGUACCAGUUGAAAGAUACCAGACCAACAUGAAAAGGCAGACUGGGAAGGCCAUUUUCCAUGGAAAAAGGGCACACGUGAGUGUGAAAGUGAAAGAGCCGGGACUGCUGACUCUGAAGACGGCUCUGGGGUUCAGCCCUGAGGACGUCUGCAGAUCGUCAAGCGAGAGCCUCAGAAAACCCAGCCUCGUGCUCGUCCCGACCCACACCCGAGCUCGCACUCCUCCUCGUCACUGUCUGGCUGGCCCCACACGGCGCUGUGGUUAGCAGCUCACUGCCGCCACCUUAG